UAAUAAUAAUAUACUUAAACUUAAAAACUGCAAGUGAAUUCAAAAAAUGUGAUUGCCGUUAUGACCAGGAGCACAACAAAUCUGCCAACAGUCGGUCAGUCCGUGUUAAUAAAACUGGUGUAUCCUUCGUCAUACUAUGUUAUUGGUACAUCACCAGCGCUAUUUGAGCCUUUUGCGUCAAUAACUUGCACUAGCUAUUCAGAAUAAGAAUAAUCGUAUAUCGUGGUGUAUCGGUGUAUGUCGUGUCUGUUGGAGAAGUAAGCGAGACCAAGACCGUACCGGAGACAUCGCACUGUAUUAAUACAGCGGUUUCCGUGGUCAUUGCUGGCUGUCAAUAUCAAUCUUAACUCAGUUAGUCUUAGUCUUGUUGUUUAAUUAUUACUCACCACAAGUAUCUUCGAUUCUUGUCUAUGUGUUCAGACAGGUGACAACACGAGAGCACGUUUUAGUGGGGCCGAGCGAGAGCGGGUGUAACCCAGCGUGUCUCGUUGAGAGUGAAAAGAGGAAAUAAGGAAACAAAUCAAAAAGUAGAAAAUAAAGAAAAUGACGACGGCUAUUGGAAAUUUGGUGCACGGGUACCGAGAUGUUAUAGACAACAGGUCUGAUCCUAGAGUGAAAGAUUGGCCGAUGAUGAACAGUCCACUUCCUACAAUGGCAAUUUGUCUAUUUUAUGCUUACUUUUCAAAGGUUUUGGGACCCAAAUUAAUGGAAAAUCGGAAACCUUUUAAUUUACGGAGUAUCCUAGUUGUUUAUAAUUUUAUUCAAACUUUAUUUUCUACGUGGAUUUUUUAUGAGUAUUUAAUGAGUGGAUGGGCGAGAGGUUAUAGUUUUCGAUGUCAACCAGUAGACUACUCAAAUAACCCUAUGGCGCUUAGGAUGGUGAACGUUUGUUGGUGGUAUUACUUCAGCAAAUUUACUGAAUUUUUUGAUACGUUAUUUUUUAUUCUAAGAAAGAAGAAUCAACAAGUCACAACUCUUCAUGUAAUUCAUCAUGGUGUGAUGCCGUUUUCAGUAUGGAUGGGUUUAAAGUUUGCGCCUGGUGGUCAUAGUACUUUCUUUGCACUUUUAAAUGCUUUCGUUCAUAUAAUAAUGUACUUCUAUUAUAUGAUAGCAGCAAUGGGUCCCGAGUAUCAAAAAUAUAUCUGGUGGAAAAAAUAUUUAACUACUUUCCAAAUGGUUCAAUUUGUUUUAAUAAUGAGUCAUCAGUUCCAAUUGCUUUUCAUAGAGUGUGAUUAUCCACGUAGUUUUAUGAUUUGGAUCGGACUACAUGGUGUUCUAUUCCUCGGUCUCUUUUCCGACUUUUAUAAAACAAAAUAUAGCUCGAAUCGUUUAAAGGUGAAACUAUGUAAUAAUGGAACUUGUAUGCCAGUUUUGGAUGACAAUGAAUAUAAAAUUCAGCAAAAUGGUAAUUCAAUCUACACAACGACUAUAUACAAAAAAGAAUACAACAAGUCUUAUACCAAUGGCACCAAUAACGGUUAUGUUGUUAAUAAUAAUACUGAAAAAAAGCUUGCUUAAAAAGUUGGCUUGUGAUUGUCAACAUUUUAAGAGAAAAAAAAAACAAAAAAUUGUUUUGUUUGAUUAUUACAAACAAUGUGAAGUCGUUUGUUUAUUUUAUUUACUUGAUUAAUUAUUGGUGUCCGCAAUAAAAUCACGUUAAUAUGGACGCACAUAUAAAUUUGUUGCGUGCCUGUUGCCUUAAACAGGCUCUAAGAACUUAUAGGUUUUAUUAUAUUAUUAUUAUUAUUAUUUUGUGUCUCAUAAAUUAGUAUGGAUGUGAAUAGAUGUAUGAAUGAUAGAGAAUGUAAUUUUUGAUAUAUGUUGUACAGUUUAUUCAAGAAAUGCGUAAAUGCAAAGAAUAAUAAUUUUCAAAAUUAAGACUAGUAUUUAUACGAUAUAGAUAAAUGUUUUGGUACAGAAUUAUAAAUGAUUUUCUAAAUAAUUAACGAAAAGAAAGUCCGACUAUGUUCAACGUUGUUGUCAUUUGUGGAUUAUUUUUAAAAAAUUAAUGUUUAAACUUGAAACAUCGUCGUAACUGUGUAAUAACCUAUCCAUGACAUGGAUUUAUAAAAUUACUUAAGUGCAAACCAUUAACUCCAUUAAACUUUAAAAAGUAAAAAAAAAAAAAUAGUUUUUAAAAUAAAUUGAGUAUUCUACAAAUCAACGUAGUGAUCAAAACAAUUUCAUAAAUGCGCACAAUUAAGAGAGUUGAAAUGGAAAAAAACAAAUAAAUAUAAAUGAAUAA